GUAGAAUUACGGAUUAUGCAGGGAUGAUUGUUUUAUUGAAAUGCUAUUUUGUUUAUAUCAACUUUUACAAAUGUUACUAAGGAUAUGAAAAAUAACUGUUUGAGCAGCUGUUUACAGCUUGGUAUCUGCCGGACAGAAAUAAGAGCUCAAGUAAGGUAUGAGCCUAUAGCCCCUGUGCCAAUCAAGGAAGUCUCGUGCAGCUAUGGGAACCCGUGCGACCCACCGCACAGGCCAAAGCUCCAGUGCCAGGCACAGGUCUGCAACGCUCAAGAAGGUUCAGCGAUACAGGGAGCCCGUCUCUAGCCUCUCUCCACCUCCACGAAAUGCACAUCUCGCGAGAUCACCUCAUUACCACUCUGGAUCCAAAUUAUAUUUCCGUCCGGCCCCGCGCCGCCACUGUCUUGGCCAAUCAGUGCGCAAAAGCAGGCCCCGCCUUCUUCCGCAUUCUAGCAGGGUUGUCUCUGCGGCCCUCGCUUUGAACUACUUUUCCCAGAAGCCUCUUCUACGUCUCCGUUUCAGCCUAUCCCUGCGCAGACUGGGCGGGAUACGCCAAUGUGGGCGGGACCAACCGAAGCCAAUCAGGUGGAGGGUGGCUGCGGCGGUGGAAGGAGAGCUUGGGUCUGAGCAUCGCUGGCAGCGGGAGAAACGGAUCCGCAAGCGGCUGCGCCAGGCCCCAUCGCGCGCGGGGCAGCAGGUGGAAAUGAGUUCUCAGCAGUUUUCUCGUUCUGGAGCCCCUCCUGCAGGACUAGGACAAGCUCCACCCCCAAUGUCCACCAGUGGAUCUACAGGGCUGAUAAACCCAACAACCACAGCAGUGAGUGAUGAAUCUAAUCGAGAGUCAGAAAUUGCUCCCAGAGAGCACAUGGGUCCUGGUGGCUCUCUACAAUCUCGUGAAGAGAAACAGGAACCAGUGGUUGUUCGGCCAUACCCACAGGUUCAGAUGUUGGCACAGCACCAUACGGUCCAAUCUGGUGCUGCAGUUACAGUGACAGCUCCGCCGGCACAUUUGACCCCAGCAGUGCCACUUUCCUUUUCAGAGGGACUUAUGAAGCCUCCUAUGAAGCCCACCAUGCCCAGCCGGCCUAUUGCUCCUGCUCCACCCUCUACAAUGUCAGCUCCUACCAAGGUUCCUGGGCAGGUUACUGUAACCAUGGAAAGCAGUAUCCCACAAGCCUCAGCUAUUCCUGUGGCAACAAUCAGUGGACAACAGGGACAUCCCAGUAACUUGCACCAUAUCAUGGCAACAAAUGUUCAGAUGUCUAUCAUCCGAAGUAGUGCUCCUGGCCCCCCUUUACACAUUGGAGCUUCUCACUUACCUCGAGGUGCGGCAGCGGCUGCUGUGAUGUCCAGCUCUAAAGUAACCACAGUUCUGAGGCCAGCUUCACAGUUGCCAAAUGCAGCUACAGCUCAGCCAGCUGUUCAGCACAUCAUUCAUCAACCAAUCCAGUCUCGUCCUCCUGUGACGACAUCAAGCACUAUCCCUCCUGCUGUAAUAGCAACAGUCUCUGCCACAAGAGCUCAGUCUCCAGUUAUUACUACAACAGCAGCACAUGCUACAGAAUCAACCCUGAGUCGGCCCACUCUGUCUAUCCAGCAGCACCCACCUUCUGCAGCUAUUAGUAUUCAGCGCCCUGCGCAGCCGCGGGACACGGCAACUCGGAUCACACUGCCAUCUCACCCAGCCAUAGGAACACCAAAACAGCAGCUCCACACCAUGGCUCAGAAAACCAUUUUUAGUACCGGUACUCCGGUGGCGGCAGCAACAGUGGCACCCAUUUUGGCAACCAAUACUAUUGCUUCAGCAACCACGGCCGGUUCUGUGUCUCAUACCCAAGCUCCUACAAGUACAAUUGUCACCAUGACAAUGCCCUCCCACUCUUCCCAUGCCACUGCUGUGACCACCUCAAACAUCCCAGUUGCUAAGGUGGUUCCUCAGCAAAUCACACACACUUCUCCUCGGAUCCAGUCUGAUUAUACAGGAGAGAGGAGUAAUCUCAUUCCCAUAUCUGGACACCGAGCAUCGCCAAACCCAGUUGCCAUGGAAACAAGAAGUGACAACAGGCAGUCGGUGCCAGUCCAAUUCCAGUACUUCUUACCAACGUACCCGCCUUCUGCCUACCCUUUGGCUGCACACACUUACACCCCCAUCACCAGCUCUGUGUCCACCAUCCGCCAAUACCCUGUUUCAGCUCAGGCCCCCAACUCUGCCAUCACAGCUCAGACUGGUGUAGGAGUGGCCUCCACUGUGCACCUCAAUCCCAUGCAGCUGAUGACUGUAGAUGCAUCUCAUGCCCGCCACAUCCAGGGGAUCCAGCCAGCGCCUAUCAGUGCACAGGGGAUCCAGCCAGCGCCUAUCAGUGCACAAGGGAUCCAGCCAGCACCAAUUGGAACACAGGGACUCCAUCCAGCUGCACCAAUUGGCACACAGGGACUCCAGCCUGCACCAAUCAAUGCUCAGCAGCCACAAACAGAAACAAAGACUUCAGCAGUGGUCUUGGCAGACGGAGCCACCAUUGUAGCCAAUCCUAUUAGCAACACAUUCAAUGCAGCUCCAGCAGCGACCACAGUGGUACAAACUCACAGCCAGAGUGCCAGUGCACCAGCCCAGGGCUCAUCCCCACGCCCAAGCAUCCUCCGGAAGAAACCAGCUACAGAUGGACUGGCAGUCCGGAAAAGUCUGAUUCCCCCUCAGCCUUCUGAAGUAGCUAGCACCCGCGUGGAGAGCUCUGUGCGGAGCACAUCUGGAUCACCCAGACCUGCUGGUGCUAAGCCUAAACCAGAAAUCCAUGUCUCUAUGGCUACUCCAGUCACUGUGUCUAUGGAGGCAGUGUCCAAUCAAACCAGCGAGCAGCCCACCAUUGCAGUCCCACCUACCUCUCAGCAGCCUCCAUCUGCCAUUCAAACAAUUAUUGCAGCAGCUAGUCCGCCUUCUCAGCCAACAGCACCUCUGUCAGCGAUUCCAGGAGCAGUUCCAGCUGCUCCAGCCACUUCUACCACAAUUAUAGCUGCUCCUCCACCUCCAUCAACUAUGAGUGGGGCCCUCUCCACAGUAUUGGGACCCCCAGCACCAGAGAUAAAAAUCAAAGAGGAAAUGGAACCUAUGGACAUAAUGCGACCAGUCUCAGCAGUUCCUCCGUUGACUACAAAUACCAUGUCUCCAUCUCUUGCAUUGCUGGCCAACAACCUUUCCAUGCCCCCGAACGACUUGCUACCUGGUGCCUCACCAAGGAAAAAGCCCCGGAAGCAGCAGCAUGUAAUCUCCACAGAGGAAGGAGACAUGAUGGAGACUAAUAGCACUGAUGAUGAGAAAUCCACUGCCAAAAGUCUGCUGGUGAAAGCAGAGAAGCGCAAGUCACCUCCAAAAGAGUAUAUAGAUGAAGAAGGUGUCAGGUACGUCCCUGUGCGUCCAAGACCCCCUAUCACACUGCUCCGUCACUACCGCAACCCCUGGAAAGCUGCCUAUCACCACUUUCAGAGAUACAGUGAUGUCAGAGUAAAAGACACAUCAGAUUUGUGUUCUUUGGUUUUAGAAGAGAAGAAAGCUAUGCUGCAGGAGAUUGCCAAUCAGAAAGGAGUAUCCUGCCGUGCGCAAGGUUGGAAAGUCCAUCUCUGCGCAGCACAAUUACUGCAGUUGACUAACCUGGAGCAUGACGUGUAUGAGCGCCUCACCUCCCUGCAGGAAGGGAUAAUCCCCAAGAAAAAGGCAGCAACUGAUGAUGACUUACAUCGAAUAAAUGAACUGAUACAGGGGAAUAUGCAGAGGUGUAAACUUGUGAUGGAUCAGAUCAGUGAGGCCCGAGACUCCAUGUUGAAGGUCUUGGAUCACAAGGAGCGUGUUCUGAAGCUCUUAAACAAGAAUGGAACUGUCAAGAAAGUGUCCAAAUUAAAGCGAAAGGAGAAGGUCUAGAGCCAGAAGAAUAAGGACUCUGGAAAUGGAGAACGUGUACAGAAUGGAGUUGUUCAGUCUUUUUUUUUUUAUUUUGGGUUUAUUUUGAAGUAGAGCAUCUGACUAAAAAGGAUGAGUUCCAGAGAACACAGAUGGAUGUGUGGAGCCCAUUGACCUGGAGGGAUUGGCCUGGAUCUGUCAUAAUGAACAAAGAUUUUUCUCUCAGGUUCAUCCCUUUUAAACUCUUUGAAGUCACAUUUGUUUAACCCUCCUGACAUGUCAGUGCCUACUAACUGGUACUCGUAAUGCAGUGUGUGAUGGACAGUCCCCUUUUCAUUUUAGAGUUUAGAGGUAACUUACAGGUUUGUCCAUGGAUUCCUGCAGGAGAUCUCAAGAUUUUGAUCUGAAAGUAUUGGCUCAGACUGCCAGGAGCUUUUCAAACCAUUGAAAAUGACAUCACUUCCAGUUACCUAUUCUUUCUCCCUCCCCCUUCCGUCUUUCUGACUUUGCAGUGUCUGAAGUAGCCUUCUUAAACCAGUGCCAUUGCACUAGAUCUGCCACAUUUAGAAUCUCCUGGUUCUGAAGUCCUAGCUGUCCAUUUUUUUUUAAUUAUUUUUUAAAGAACCAUUUCAGUGAUUUUGUAGUAUCUGUUGUGUGUGUCCAUGUUGGUGCUCUCGCAUACUUGUUUUGAAGUACUUCUCUUCCAACACAGUACUUCUUGUAGCUGGUGUGAUGCUGUUAAUUGUAUGUACCACAUACAUCCUGAAAACUUUAAUAAAGGACUUGGAGACUUUUGUACCUGA